CGGCAAGCGCCGCCGUUGCUGCUGCCGGGACUGCCCCCGGGGCUCUCCGCAGCUGCCGUCGGAUCUGCCCUUCGUCGACAACCACGCGGCGCGGGCCCCGCUAUGGUGCUUCCCCUGGGGGCCUUUUCGCAUCUGAAGACAAGAAGAGUUCCCGGCUAAGGGAAAUGUGAGCGGUGCACAGGAAAACAUGGCUAACGUGCAGGAUGCCAUUUGGAUGGCGAUACUGGUCACAGGUCUAGGGGUGAUAUGCUGCAGAACAGUGUCCACAGAGGAUUUCCAGUGCCAGCGGGUGGAGCCUCCUGUUGUUACAAGUGAAGAAAUUGCUCCUUGGUUACAUGUAUUCAGAGCAGAAAAUGCUGUUGACUUCUCUCAGAUAACAUUUGACCCAAGACAAAAAGAACUUGUUGUUGGAGCAAGAAACUACCUCUUCAGGCUACAUAUUGAGGAUCUUUCUCUCAUCCAGGGAGUGGAGUGGUCUUGUGAUGAAGCUACUACAAAGGCUUGUUACAGUAAAGGCAAAUCAAAGGAAGAGUGCCAGAAUUAUAUCCGUGUCCUUCUCAUUGGUGGGGACAGACUCUUUGCAUGUGGAACUAAUGCGUUUACACCCAUUUGCACUAACCGGACGCUAAAUAACCUGGAGGAGAUGCAUGAUCAGAUCAGCGGCAUGGCUCGCUGUCCAUACAGCCCCCAGCACAAUUCCACAGCUCUCCUCGCAAGCACUGGGGAGCUAUAUGCAGCAACAGUCAUGGACUUCCCAGGAAGGGAUCCUGCAAUUUAUCGCAGCUUGGGGGUGUUUCCUCCUCUCCGGACUGCACAGUACAACUCAAAGUGGCUUAACGAACCAAAUUUUGUGUCUUCUUAUGACAUUGGGAACUUCGUCUAUUUCUUCUUCCGAGAGAACGCAGUGGAGUAUGACUGUGGCAAAAUAGUCUUUUCCCGAGCUGCUCGAGUUUGCAAGAAUGACAUUGGAGGCCGGUUCCUACUGGAGGACACCUGGACCACCUUCAUGAAAGCGCGUUUGAACUGCUCCCGCCCUGGAGAAAUCCCAUUUUACUACAAUGAAUUACAGAGUACGUUCUUCCUGCCAGAACUGGACUUAAUCUACGGGAUCUUUACCACUAAUAUGAACAGCAUAGCAGUUUCAGCUGUUUGUGUAUUCAACAUGACUGCAAUAACUCAAGUCUUCAGUGGGCCAUUUAAGUUCCAGGAGAACUCCCGCUCUGCCUGGCUGCCUUACCCCAACCCUAACCCCAACUUUCAGUGUGGCACCAUGGACCAGGGCGCAUAUUUGAAUCUGACAGAGAGGAAUCUCCAAGAUGCCCAGAAAUUUAUUUUGAUGCAUGAAGUGAUCCAGCCCAUCACACCCUUUCCUUAUUUCAUGGAAGACAACAGCCGGUUUUCCCACGUGGUGGUGGAUGUGGUUCAAGGCAAAGACAUGCUUUUUCACGUCAUCUAUUUGGCCACAGAUCAUGGCACUAUUAAGAAAGUACUUGCUCCAGUUAAUCAAACAUCGAGCAGCUGCUUGCUGGAGGAGAUUGACAUAUUCCCAAAGAAGCAGUGGGAGCCCAUCAGGAGUCUGCAGAUUUUACACAGCCAGAGUGCUCUGUAUGUGGGCCUUCAGAGAAGUGUGGUGAAGAUCCCACUGAAAAGAUGUCAGUUUUACAAAACACACAGCGCAUGUGUUGGAUCCCAGGAUCCUUACUGCGGCUGGGACCUGGUGCUCAAGAAGUGCACACCACUGGAAGAAAGCCUGAGUAUGAGUCAGUGGGAGCAAAGCAUCUCAUUGUGUCCAGUAAGGAAUCUGACUGUGGAUGGCUAUUUUGGAACCUGGUCAGAGUGGAAGUCUUGCUCCCAUGUGGACGGCUCCAGUGUAGGCUUUUGCCUCUGCAGAAGUCGCUUGUGUGACAGCCCAGUUCCAAAAUGUGGAGGACGGCAGUGUGAAGGGCCCAGUCUAGAGGUGGCCAAUUGCUCCAGAAAUGGAGGCUGGACUCCUUGGACAUCCUGGUCCCCUUGCAGCACUUCCUGUGGGAUAGGCUUCCAAGUCCGCCAGCGCUCUUGCACCAACCCAAGCCCUCGGCAUGGAGGCCGUGUGUGUGUGGGACAGAACCGGGAAGAAAGGUAUUGCAAUGAGCACCUGUUGUGCUCUCCACACAUGUUCUGGACUGGCUGGGGUGCCUGGGAACGUUGUACAUCCCAGUGUGGAGGUGGGAUCCAGGCCCGCCACAGAACCUGUGAGAAUGGCCCUGACUGUCCCGGCUGCAGCGUGGAGUAUCAAGGCUGCAACACCAGCCCCUGCCCAGAGUUGAAAAAGACAACUCCUUGGACCCCAUGGACUCCGGUGAACAUCUCCGACAACGGUGGGCACUAUGAACAACGAUUCCGAUACACUUGCAAGGCACGGCUGCCUGAUGCAAGUUUGUUAGAUGUGGGAAGGCAGAGGAUUGAAAUGCGUUACUGUUCCAGCGACGGGACCUCUGGGUGCUCAACAGAUGGCGACUUCCUGCAUUCUGGGCGCUACUCAGCGCACACCAUGAACGGUGCCUGGUCCCCUUGGUCUCCCUGGUCUCAGUGCAGCCGCGAUUGCAGCAGAGGCAUCCGAAACCGCAAGCGCAUUUGCAACAACCCGGAGCCCAAGUAUGGGGGGCUGCCGUGCCUGGGACCAUCCCUGGAAUACCAGGAAUGCAACACUCUCCCUUGCCCAGUCGAUGGAGGUUGGUCCUGCUGGUCAUCGUGGUCUAAGUGCUCCACUACUUGCGGAAGUGGCCAUUAUAUGAGGACUCGCUCAUGCAGCAACCCAACGCCAGCUUACGGAGGUGAUAUCUGCCUAGGACUCCACACCGAAGAAGCACUCUGCAAUACACAGCAAUGCCCAGAUAGCUGGUCAAACUGGUCAGAGUGGUCUGGCUGCGAUUCAUCCGGAGUCCAGUUCCGCACCCGCCAGUGUAAUGUUUUAUUUCCUGUGGGUAACCAGUGUUCUGGAAAUACCACUGAGAGUCACCCAUGUAUUUCCGAUUCCAAUUUCAUACCAGACAUAACAGUAGCAAGGACCAGCAGCAUCAAAGAACAACGAUGUGGCGAGUUCAAUAUGUUCCAUAUGACUGCCGUGGGGCUGAGCAGCUCCAUUCUCGGGUGCCUUCUGACCCUCUUGGUUUACACUUACUGCCAACGGUACCAGCAGCAGUCGCACGAUGCAACGGUCAUCCACCCAGUAUCACCGGCUCCUCUGAAUACCAACAUCACUAAUCACAUCAACAAGCUGGACAAGUAUGACUCUGUAGAGGCUAUUAAGGCAUUUAACAAAAAUAACCUGAUACUAGAAGAGCAAAACAAGUACUUUAAUCCACAUCUCACUGCAAAGGCAUAUUCCAAUGCCUAUUUUACGGAUCUGAACCACUAUGAUGAGUAUUAAGAGGGAAAAUCUGUAUAACUCACAUUCGUUCCCAAGGCCUGGAUCCUCAGACCACAUCAUGUUACUGUCAUCAUCAACAAAACAUCGACUUGUGUGGGUAAAAGGUUUCCCUUUCUAAAAUGUUGUAUUUCAGUACAAUAUUUGUACUGUAGAAUUAGAUCAUGGGGUCCUUUUGCAUUGGCCAAUCUGUUUUGGUCAACAUGCUGCCCCCCUCCUAAUUGCUAGAGACCACCUAGGAGAAAACUUUUAUACAACUGGGAGGGCUCCUCCCUGCCACAAAUAAGAUUAUUGAAUGGAAUGAUCCUGAUUUGUAUGGAAGCAAGUCCUUGCCACCUUCAAUUCAGGGGUCAUUGGCACCUUCUUUGCUGGACACUUGGGACUCAUGAACUUGUUUUGGACCUUGUGAAAACUGGGAAUAGUUUAUGGCAGGACUACAAGCUACCUCUGGCACAAGGGAAGCUGGUAAAAGAGGUGCUAGAGAAUUGGAGCCAUUGAGUGAUCAGGAAACGUGCAUGCUCUGUCUGUUUCAAUCUGCUGGGAUGCAUCUGUGAAACGGAAGCAGGGGAAGACAUGUCAAACUAUUUUCACAUGUUACUAAGGAUCUGCUUCUGCCUGAUGGGUGGCCCCUGCAAUGUAUCCACAUGGACUUCACCUGGAUUGUUUAUUCGGACAUUCUCAAAGCCACCAGAGCAGAAAGAUGGCCCCGGGACUGGCUUGCAGAUCCACCACACCCUUUGCCUGCCUCCCUGAGGAGGAGAUGGAAAGCACAAAUGCUUCUGUUUUUAAUGGCUCUUUUUAUUAUUCAUCAAGUUAAAAACAGCAUAAAGUGUAUUAAGCAAAGCAUUAUUGCAAUAGUUUUGAUGCACCAAGUGAGAUUUCUCAUCAUGCCUGGUUAUGUAAAUAGUGGAAGUGCUUGAUGACAAACUAGAGGAAAUAAAUUGGGGGUCCAAUUUUGUGCCAGUUUCA